CGCGGUAAGAUGGCGGAGUCAGGUUCGGGCGAGUGUCCGGAUGUGGGCGGGAGCAGUAUGGCUGAGAAGCACACUGCCCAGCGUCACACAUUUGCCGCCCCAGGGCACAGUGCCACUCUCCUCCGUGGCUUGGAAAUGCUUCGUGCUCGUGAGCAGCUCCUGGAUGUGGUGCUGAUGGUGAAUGCAGCGAUGUUUCGAGUUCAUCGGGCUGUGCUGGCUGCAUGCAGUGAUUAUUUUCGGGCAAUGUUCACCGGGGGAAUGCGGGAAGCAGGCCAGGAUAUCAUUGAGUUGAAGGGUGUGUCUGCCAGGGGCCUGAAACACAUCAUUGAUUUUGCAUAUAGUGCUGAGGUAACCUUGGACCUUGACUGUAUUCAGGAUGUGCUGGGAGCUGCAGUCUUCCUGCAGAUUGUGCCUGUGGUGGAAUUGUGUGAGCAGUUCUUGAAGUCAGCUAUAAGUGUGGAGACUUGCCUUAACAUUGGACAGAUGGCCACCACUUUCAGCCUGUCCUCUCUGAAAGAAUCAGUGGACGUUUUCACUUUUGCUCACUUCCUGCAAAUUGCUCAGGAGGAGGAUUUCCUACAGCUGCCCCUUGAAAGACUCAUCUUCUUUCUGAAAAGCAACAAACUGAAAAAUUGCAAUGAAGUUGACCUGUUCCAUGCUGCCAUCAGAUGGUUGCAGUAUGAUGAGUCUCGACGAGCCAAUGCCCACCUGGUUCUGUCUCAUAUCCGCUUUCCCCUGAUGAAAUCCUCUGAACUAGUGGACAAUGUCCAGAUGCAGGCUGUGAUGGUGGAAGAUCCUUUGUGUCGUCGCUACCUGUUAGAAGCCUUCAACUACCAGGUCCUGCCAUUCCGCCAGCAUGAGAUGCAGUCAGCUCGGACCAGAAUCCGCUCAGACACUGUCUCCCUUGUUGCCUUUGGUGGCACUCCAUACACUGACAAUGAUCGGACAGUGAGCCGCAAAGUCUUUGCUCUUGCUGAUGGGAAUGCACGUCAGUUCACAGAGAGACCAGAGAUGGAGAUAGGCUGUAGUCAUGCCUGCAUUGCUGUCUUGGAUAACUUUGUAUAUGUGGUGGGAGGUCAGCAUCUGCAGUACAGGAGUGGGGAAGGAGCAGUCAGCUGGUGUUUCCGUUACGAUCCCCAUCUCAAUUACUGGCUACGGAUUCGGUCUAUGCAGGAAGGUCGCAUUCAGUUCCAACUGGAUGUGCUGCAGGGAAUGUUAUUUGCCACUGGGGGCCGUAAUCGAUCCGGGAGCCUGUCCACAGUCGAGCGUUACUCCCCACGACGAAAUGAAUGGACAAAUGUGUGUUGCUUGAAACGGCGGACUUGGGGACAUGCGGGAACAUCCAGUGGGGGCAAACUCUAUAUCUCUGGAGGCUAUGGUAUCACCAUUGAGGAUAAGAAAUCUCUUCUCUGCUACACUCCUGAGACUGACCUCUGGGAAUUCAAAACCCCAAUGAAUGAGCCACGGGUCCUUCAUUCAAUGGUUGGAGCGAAUGGACGGAUUUACGCAAUCGGUGGCCGUAUGGACCAUGUUGACCACUGUUUUGAUGUCCUAGCAGUUGAAUAUUACAUUCCUGAAACUGAUCAGUGGACAAGUGUCAGUCCAAUGAGGACCGGCCAGUCUGAAGCUGGUUGCUGUGUGUUGCAAAGAAAGAUUUAUGUGGUGGGAGGAUAUAACUGGCACUUGAACAAUGUGACCAGUAUUGUGCAAGUCUAUAAUAUUGGCACAGAUGAGUGGGAGAGGGACCUGCAUUUCCCUGAAUCAUUGGCUGGUGUUGCCUGUGCCCCCCUUGUUCUCCCAUAGCUCAUAGGGCAAUGAUAGCAGAGACACUGCUGCAGGACAGAAUGGAGGUGCCAGGGACCUUCACUGGUGGCUAUUCAAGUAACCAUACAGUGACCUGUUUGAUUUAAAACAUAUUUGAACUCAUCCAUUCAACUGUGUUCCAUACAGCUGUACUAAAAACCUAUGUUGACGCUUAAAUAUUUGAAUCCUCUCCAUAUGGCUUCAAAUAGUGAAAGCAAAAUGAAGCAUAUCAGAAUUGCAGAUAAAAGACUCCAGCCAGCUUUCAUUCUGCAUGCAGUAUGGUCCCCCCCAUUCCAAACCAUUGGUCCCAUAUGUGUACAGUAUUCCAGUACCCCUGUUGUCAUGCAUGGAUCUAAUAAUCAAGCCUUGAUACGAGUUUCUUGCCUUCACUGCUAAAACUGGCAACAGUACAGUGUACUGAGUUGCUGAGCAUUGGAAUCUUUUGUAAAAGCAAACCCUCCCAAGAUCCAUGAGACAUUCAGUUCCAACAAUGAUUCUGUUGAAUGUGCAUUGAAAGCAAAGCUGACUUUUCACGCUCAGCAUAUGAUGAACUCUUCAAGUCAGGACAGUAGCAAAAUGCAGAUGCUGGAAAUCCUGAAUUUAAAGCAAAAUUGCUAGGAUACCAACAAGGUCAGACAGCAUCAAUGGAAGGAAACAGUUAAGGUUUCAGGUCAAAGACCAUUCAUCAGACAUGCACCGCCUUUCAAUCUUUCUUUCUGCAAUUAAGUUUAAAGUGAUCACUGUAUUCCUAAAUGUUAUUUCUGCAUGAAGCCUCUGUGAUGAACAUUGCCGAAAGCACCACCAUUGGUUACAGCCAUCCUCAAGAAAACAUGCUUGGACCCCAACUAUUCACAAUAUACAUGAUUUAGAUAAGGCAACUAAAUUUUGUUUCCACAUUUGCAGACAGUACAAAGCUGGGGGGGUGAACAAUGAGGAAUUUGCUUGAGUGUGAUUUGGACAGGUUGAGUGGGUAGACAGGCGCAUGGUAGAUGGGUAUAAUGUGGAUAACAGUGAGCUUAUUCACUUUGGUAGCAAAAACAGGAAAGCAGAUUAUCUGAUUAUAAUAGAUUGGGAAAGAGGGAGAUGCAAUGAGACCUGGGUGUCCUUGUACAUCAGUGGCACGCAAGUGGUACAUUGGUCUGCAUAGGGAGAGGAAUUGAGUACAGGAGCAAUUGUACAUGGCCUGAGUGAGACCACACCUGGAGAAUUCUUGUACAGUUUUGGUUGCCUUAUUUUACCAACCAAUGAAUUAUCGAUUUUCCUGUGACGUCACAAUUUGUUUUGUGCUAGGCCCUUCUACCUGGUCUUCAAUUUAUCCUGUUAAAAAGACAACCAAAACUAAGCCAAAAAAAAGCAAGCAGAAAGCAUUGCUUCUCAUGUUGCCCUUUAAAGUCCCUGACCUAUAUAUUCACUUGUGCCAUGUCUCAUUUCCAGAUGUGAUCUUUCCUUUGCUUACUGAUUGUGAGCUUUCAACAAGCCCUCUCUUAAAUAGAGCUGAGAUGACCCACAUUAGUUAAGUAAUCAACACCUAUUGAAACUCUGUUCUGUUUUCAAGUGAUUGACUGAUGACUGUCCCUCAGCCAGCUGAGUCAGUUAUCUUUACUGCCCUUUUAGCUAGACCUCUGAAUUUUAAACUUUUAAAAUAGAAAAAGAAAAGAAAGAUUUACUGUUCUCUUCCAUACUGCGUCCAAAGUCCCCAAGGUAUGUACUCAAGCUGUGUCUAACUCUGGAUGUGAUCUCCUCUCCCUGACUGUGCAAAGCUUACUGAUUCAAAUGGAACUAGACAGGGUAAACACAGAAAAAAUGUUCCUGAAGACUGGGGAAUCCAGAACCUGGAGCUCACAGUUCAAGGAUAUGGGGAUUAAAAAAAUUCUUCACCCAGACACCAGUGAACCUGUGGAAUUCUCUGCACAGAUAGCAGCUGAGUCUGAAACAGCCACUUCUAAAUCUACAGCAGAAGAAUGAGAGGUAUUCAACAAGAAAUCAGGGAGACCACAUGACCCCAUUAGAGUGAAAUGUAGGAGCAACAAGCCAAGAGAAUCCUGAAUGUCAAGGAAUAUUCCACACUGGAUAAAAAGGAAGAGAUAGGUAAAGAACAAGGACAAAGGGGUCGAAUCAACGGAGGCCCUUGUGGGGGAUAGGAAGUGGCGGGGGAGGGGUUGGAUUCUUAAGAAAUCCACAAGGAGUGCAAAGAGGAAAAUUGGAAAAAAAACAUUGGCAGGAAAGAUUAGGGAGAAUCCUGAGAUGUUCCCUUUCCCUUUGUAUACUUGUAGAAUAAGGGGAAAGGAGGGACCAAGGGGAAAAUUUGUACAUGGAGCCAGAUGAAUUUGAUAGUGUUAUGGAUCAGACCAAACCCCCUCAAAAUAUAUUCAGAAGAUGGUCUAGACACCAACCUUUUCUUUUCUUAAAGAUAACUGUAAGGUGUUGCAUUCCAGAUUGAAUUCAAUUGGUCAAACUACUUGAUGUUAAGCAAACCACAUUUCAUUUUUGCAC